AUGACGACCAUGGACCUUCGUGUCGGUAAUAAAUACCGCAUCGGCAGGAAAAUUGGGAGCGGUAGUUUCGGUGACAUCUACCUCGGAACCAAUAUUAUCUCGGGCGAAGAGAUCGCCAUUAAGCUUGAGAGCGUCAAGGCCAAGCAUCCACAGCUUGAAUAUGAAGCCCGUGUUUACAAAUCCCUUGCUGGUGGCGUCGGUAUUCCCUUUGUCCGUUGGUUUGGUACAGAGUGUGACUACAACGCCAUGGUCAUUGAUCUUCUUGGACCCAGCUUGGAGGACUUAUUUAACUUCUGCAAUCGCAAGUUCUCUCUCAAGACGGUUCUUCUUCUGGCAGACCAGCUUAUUUCCCGUAUCGAAUACAUUCACGCCAAAUCGUUCAUCCACCGUGAUAUCAAACCCGAUAAUUUUCUCAUGGGUAUUGGAAAACGCGGAAACCAGGUCAAUGUUAUUGAUUUUGGCCUGGCGAAGAAAUACCGCGACCCCAAAACUCACUUCCACAUCCCAUACCGUGAGAACAAGAAUUUGACUGGCACUGCCCGUUACGCCAGUAUCAAUACUCAUUUGGGUGUAGAGCAGUCUAGACGUGAUGAUAUGGAAUCUCUGGGCUAUGUCAUGCUAUAUUUCUGCCGUGGCUCUCUCCCAUGGCAAGGCCUUAAGGCGGCUACAAAGAAACAAAAGUAUGAUCGUAUUAUGGAAAAGAAAAUGACCACCCCAACUGAAGUGCUUUGCCGCGGCUUCCCCAACGAAUUCGCUGUCUACCUCAACUACACACGUUCGCUCCGCUUCGAUGAUAAGCCUGACUACUCAUACCUUCGCAAGCUCUUCCGUGACCUCUUUGUUCGGGAGUCCUUCCAAUAUGAUUAUGUCUUCGAUUGGACCGUUUAUAAGUACCAGAAAAAUGCACAGGCGAUUGCCCAGGCAAGUGGAAAUGCAGGUAAUGCACAGGAAGAGGAUGACAAGCCACGUCGGCACAUGCCUGCUGGUGGGGCUCCUGGUGUGAUGCCGGGCGUUAAGCCUGCUGGUAUCCCUUCGGCCCGCCGUAAGAUGGUCGAGCGUAUUGGUGGCGAUUCCCACGACACUAACCGCGCCGUUGGAAGUGAUAGGAUGUGA